AUGGCUUCCAGAUCCCCAGUUUCUUGGCUAGCCCUCGUCGCUACUGUUUCGUCAUUGGAACAAGCUCUUCAAAUCACUGGCACUACUGCAUAUCUCAAUGACAUUCCUUACUGGAUUCCGCCACAUGCAAUCGGAUCUCUUCAAAACAAUUUUACAACUUCAUUCUUCGGGUUGGAUGGGCUUGCUUUGAAAACUUUUGUCCCAAUAACCGUAGUAUCUCCCAGUACUGAUGCCUAUUCGGAUGAGUCUCUUGAGCGUGAACUCUCCGACUUUGGGAAAAACGACGAUGUUUGGAGCGAAGGCUUUGCCAAGCUGGUUUAUAUUCAAGCAACUGAUCGGAGACGUGGAGAUCCCUGGGCAAAUUCCAUGCAAACUUGGGGCAACACAACUGUUUUAUUUGCUCCAGAAAAGAUGAAUGAGACUUUUCCUCGGGGCCCUUACUUCCUGUCGUCUCAGGGUAGUAUUCAUCGGGCUUACAGACUUUAUUCUGACCACCAAGAAGCUUUCACUGAAUCUAUAUAUACCAAUCCUUCUGGAGAGCAUUCUGUUCUUCCUGCGCAUACAACAGGGAAUAGUCUCACAAUUGCUGUUCCCUCUAGGCUUUACUACACGCGGACACUGACUACCCCGCUUGCUGGCGUGCGUAUUGGUAUCAAAGACAUUUUUGACGUAACUGGCAUAAAAACUGGCAACGGUAACAGAGCAUGGUACAACCUAUAUCCUCCAGCCAAUGCAACAGCACCUGUGGUACAGCGGUUGCUAGAUGCAGGUGCAAUUAUUGUUGGUAAGCAAAAGACUGCUCAGUUUGCCAACGGAGAGUACUCAACUUCAGAUUGGGUUGAUUAUCACUCACCUUUCAAUCCGCGCGGUGACGGCUACCAGGAUCCCAACUUCUCUUCCGCGGGAGCCGGUGCUAGUGUUGCAUCGUAUGAAUGGUUGGAUUUUGCAUUGGGAUCAGAUACAGGCGGUAGCAUUCGCGGUCCUGCUCGAUCCAGCGGCCUUUACGGAUUGAGGCCAUCACACGGCGCCGCGCCCUUACAACUUGCACUCCCACUUGCUCCUGAACUAGACACCGCUGGGCUUAUUGCAAGGGAUCCGUUGCUUCUCCAGUACGCAGCUACUGAGACAUACAGGCUGUCCCGCAACAGCUUUCAGGAUUUUCUCCCAACUCAAUUGCUAGUCGAACCGUUUCCGGCCGGAUUAUCGAAUGAGACAACCACGAUUAUCGACCGAUUUCUCGAUGCGAUGAAGAAAGUUCUUGGCAUCGAGAAGACCGAGUGGUUCAACGUAACAACUGCCUGGCAGCAGUCUCGACCCCAGUCCGCACCGAUAGAUAUACAACCAUUGCUAGGAAAUGUUUACGCAACAAUUAUUAGCCAACGUCAAACGGCAUUAGUACGCGACCCCUUCUACGCCAAGUACGCAUCUAUGCAUGACGGAAGGCUGCCCGCCGUAAACCCAGUUCCAUUGGCGCGAUGGGCUUUUGGAGAUGCGCAGCCUUCGACGACAUUGGCUGAUGCAAUCACGAACAAAACCAUGUUCAUGGUAUGGUUCCAGGACCAUGUACUCAAGGAGGAUCGCCGCAGCUGUACAUCGGCGGUGCUGGCCUACAUUAGUGCGCCAAUUGUUCAAUAUAGAAGCACCUACAGGAGCCCACCACAAGCGCCCUCAGGGUUCACGAACCAGUACUUUAGCGUCAUGGCCGAGGUACCCGACAUAACUAUUCCAAUUGGUCAGAUGUCUUACCACUCUACAACAACAAACCAUACGGAACAAUUACCUGUGUCGAUAAACUUGAUGGUUGCCAAAGGAUGCGAUGCUACAUUAUUGAAUUUGGUUGCAAAGCUUUAUCAUGCAGGUGUGCUAAAGGCUUCAGAAGUCGGAGCAAGUCUUGUCGACGGCGGGGAGAUACUGCAAAAAAGGUAA